GCGGAGCCUCCAGUCUGAGAACACGUCGCCACGGCAACGCGGCCAUACUGGCCUACCGGCCAGGGGGUCUGGGGCUGCGUGGUCACAGCCUCGUGGGCAGGGCAGGCAGCAUGGACAGCCUCUUCGUGGAGGAGGUGGCCGCCUCCCUGGUGAGGGAGUUCCUCAGCAGAAAGGGCUUGAAGAGGACGUGUGUGACCAUGGACCAGGAGCGCCCGCGCACUGACCUCAGCAUCAACAGCCGAAACAACCUCCGCAAGGUUUUGCAUCUUGAAUUUCUCUACAAGGAGAACAAGGCAAAGGAGAACCCUCUAAAAACAAACCUUGAACUCAUUACCAGAUACUUUCUGGAUCACUUCGAAAAUACUGCUAACAAUUUUGCUCAGAAAGCACCAAUGCCUGCACUCUCACUUCCAAAGAAAAGUGACAAAUUACCACAGAGAUGCUCAGAGACCACGCUGGUAAAUAUAUAUGACCUUGCAGAUGAAGACGCGGUGUGGAGAACAUCGCUGUCGGAGGCGAGCAAAGCCAGACACGACAAUCACAAUGGGGAUGUACUUGGUAAUUUGGUGUCAUCCAAGUGGCCCCCACACAACAGUAAGCUGGCGCAGGCCCUCCCGGUUGAAAGCCCUCCUGCUGUGGCCCCUGCGUGGGAGAAGAUGGACAAGCUCCUGUUGACAGAGCCAUCCUCCGACACAAAGAGGGCGGGAGAGAAGACCAGGCCUAAGCCUGGCCUGAUUGUCCGAGGCAUGAUGGCUGGGCCCACCGCCAGCUCCCCACAGGACUCACUCCGCAAGCGCUCCCUGAGGCGGCCUCCGGUCUUGAGUGGCAUGGUUCCGCCCCACGAGGAGGAGGAGGGCUGCAGAGCCCCCGGGCUGCCCACCGGCACCCUAGCCUGUCCUGCCCCACAGGAGGGCCUGGCUUCCAGCACCGGCUCCACCGCCAGGAGCCCCCCGGGCCAGCUCAGCGAGCCCAGCACAGAAAAGCACGGGACCACACCCAGCAACCCCCCUCGCCUACUGAGCCAAGGGCUGCCGCAGAGGGGGAGCGGCAGGGGCAGAGGUCUUUCAGGGGACAGCCCCACCAUGGACCGAGGCCCAGAGGCCAACAGGACACCCUCGAAAUUCUCCUUGCCAGGUGGGAAUACCAGGACGACCCAGGAGAGGCUGGAAAGAGCAUUCACAAGGCAGGGGAACCCACUCCUGCCCGUCAGGAAGAAUCAGUUGCCAGUGUCCAGCAAGGCCGAUGGCGAGCUGGGUGCCCUGCAGCUCGAGGAUGUGGAGGAUGACGAGUUGAUACGGGAAGAAGUCAUUCUCUCUCCAGCCCCAUCGAUGCCCAAGCUUCAAACAGUGUCAAAGCCAAUCGACCUCUCAGUGGCAAAGGACUUGAAGACCGUUCUGUUUGGGUCCAGCACUGGCUGCUUCAGUGAAGAGUGGAAACUCCAGAGCUUUUCGUUCAGUGAUGCAGCCCCGCUGAGAUAUGGCAUCGUGCAGAACAAGGGUGGUCCCUGCGGAGUCCUGGCGGCUGUCCAAGGCUGUGUCCUACAGAAGCUCCUGUUCGAAGGAGAUAGCAGAGCUGACUGCGCUCGGCAGCUGCAACCUUCGAGUGCCCGCAGGACCCACUGCCUGGCCCUGGCCAUUGCGGACAUUUUGUGGCGGGCCGGGGGCCACGAGAGAGCCGUGGUCACACUGCCUUCGGGAACGCAGCAGUUCAUUCCAACAGGGAAAUACAAAGCAGAUGGAGUCCUAGAAACACUCACUCUCCACAGUGUGACCUGCCAUGAGGAGCUGGUGGCUUUCCUGCAACAGAGUGUCCAUCAGUUCGAAGUGGGCCCCUUCGGAUGCAUCCUGCUCACCCUGUCUGCCAUCCUGUCCCGGUCCACAGAGCUCAUCCGCCAGGACUUCGAUGUCCCCACCAACCACCUGAUCGGAGCACACAGCUACUGUACCCAGGAGCUGGUCAAUCUGCUCCUGACCGGGAGAGCCGUGUCCAACGUUUUCAAUGACGUGGUGGAGCUGGACGCCGGGAACGGGAACGUCACGCUGCUCAAAGGCAUCACGGCCCGCAGCGACGUUGGCUUGCUGUCUCUCUUUGAGCACUAUGACGUGUGCCAGGUCGGCUGCUUCCUGAAAACCCCUCGGUUCCCCAUCUGGGUGGUGUGCAGUGAGAGCCACUUCAGCGUCCUCUUCAGCCUGCAGCCGGGGCUCCUGCGAGACUGGAGGACCGAGAGGCUCUUCGACCUAUACUACUACGAUGGCCUGGCCAACCAGCAGGAGCAGAUCCGGCUGACCAUCGAUACAACGCAGACUGUCCCUGAGGACAGAGAUGGCGACCUCGACCUCAUCCCCCCCCUCGAGCUCUGCAUCAGGACCAAGUGGAAGGGGGCGUCCGUGAACUGGAAUGGCUCAGACCCCAUCCUGUGAGCCUGUGUUGGAGUGGCUGUGUCCUGUGGCUCCACCGCCCUUCACAGGGGUGACAGCUAGACCCCAGGCCUCAGGGAUGAGUCUGUCAGAAGGGUGUCACCCCCACCUGGGCCAGCACAGCUGCAGAGGCAUCCAGAGCCACCCUGCACCUUCCACGAAGGGCCCGCCCAGGACCGUGAUGAUGUGCGGCCCCCUCCCGCAGCUGUGGCUGCCGGGGACGGGAGGGAGGCCGGCUGCUGGGACCUCUGCGGCCUUUAGCCUGCGUCCCUCCUGUGCUCCCUGCUGGGCCAUCCCCUUGCCAAGCCUCUGAUAUGGCAGGUACAGGACUGUAGGCCCUCGUCAUUCCUGGUAACCAGCUUUCUAUAAAACAGGAGAGAAACCCAUGGCGAGAGCCAAGACUCACUUGUUAUGUUGUCACAGAGAAACCAACAGGUCUGCAUGAUUCAUGGUCAAGUGGGAACAGUC